GUACUUGAAAUAGAGACGGUCACGUGACCCAAUCUAUUCACUGACGAUCUGAAAGGUAAGCAAACUUUGGCGCGGUUUCCCCCCACAUCUUGUCCUGUUUUUCCCGAAUCAUACGAAGAUUCCCGAGGAUCAACGAUCGGUACAACGUUACGAUGCAGUAUCAUCCUAAGAUCAUCAUGGGGCUAGGGCUCUCCCUGCUUCUGUUGGGGACGACCACUUUUGUCCUGGGUGCCGUACUGAGGGGGAUGUUCCCCUUCCGCUACCACCUCAUCGGUGCGCCGAUAUGGAGCGGUAUGAUCACUAUACUAACCGCGCUACUGGCCCUGUUGGCCGCCAGAGUGAAAGCCCGAAAUGACGACACCCAUGUCGGCCUCUAUAUGCUGGCCGGGUCCAUGCCGAUCGCCGUGGUCAUCUCCAUCCUGGCCUCCUUCUUCUGCGUCAUGCUGUCCGUGUCAGCCGUGCUGUGCGACCCGCUGGACAUCUACAAGGGCAACUGUGGUGACCCGCGGGACCAGACCGAGCUUGGAUUGCUGUACACAGUGCUGGUGCUGUCUGCUCUGAUUGUGUGCGUGGAUCUCGGACUGGGCUUUCAUACCUGCGACCUGCAACGUGACAAAGAAGAUCCCAACGUGAUGGCAAUGAACAACAUGUAAAAGAUUUGAUGACUAGAGGUUGUUCAACUUGUUCUGGCCACGAAUGAGCUGAUUGAAGACGGCGAAACGAAGAAGUCGUUAUCCACUAGUAGAACUUACUAUACAUUGUCUUUAGAUAUACGUUGUAAGAUUAGAACUUAAUAUGUAAAUUUUACUUCUAACAAUAUGGUAAUCUGGCUUCCUGGUACAAAUGAAUUCUACACGGCAUAGCCAAUGUCUUGCCGAAAUUGAGACCACUACUAGUUUAGUUUUUCUACCUUUAUCUAUAUCAUAUAACAACGUACAUAUUUAGAGCAUGAUAACUGGGCAAUGUUAAUCUCUCAAAGGCGCCUAGGCUUUGCUUUUUAAAUUGUUUUC